AGGGUCAGAGCUCGGAGAAGCAGACUCCCUGCUGAGCAGGGAGCUCGACUCAGUCCCGGGACUCCAGGAUCAUGACCUGAGCCGAAGGCAGUCACUCAACCGACUGAGCCACCCAGGUGCCCCUGGGAAGAGAGUUCCUGAAUGCUCCCUGAACCAUUUCUGUAGGUUGUUUGUCUCUUGGGAAAAUGUUAUAUUCAAUGCAGAUCAGAUUAUCUCUGCCAUAGGGUAAUUGAGCUAGGAUUCAGAAGGAAAACCAUUUUGAGAGAAUAUUCAGUCUGAUGAAAAUACAGAGAGGUGUGUUUUUUCUUAAGUGGAAAUAUUCACCAGCCAGUCGUGCUGACCAAACAUCCCUGUAACUUGGUUGCUUAGUAGUCCUACUGAGUUUCCCUAGUCUGUUCUAUUAUGUUCUCCAGUGACUAUAUCAUGGUUUUACAUCUGUAGUAACUCCUCCCUCUCACCUUGCUCCCUGUUGGCACUGAGAAAAUAGAAUUAGAAAAGAACUUGAAAAAGUUGCCAGGAUGGCAUCUAUAAACCUCCCAGCAUUUGUGCCCAUGUAGCCUCCUUUCCUGUUACUAUGGAUAUAUUGUCCUAGUUAGAGCCAGCUAGAGCCAACAGAAGUACCCCAUUUCUUUCUCUUGUGGAAAACUCCUUGGAAAGUUGUCUGUAUUCACUUUUUUUGUUGUUCUCUUCCAUUGUUUUCUGAACCUGUUCCAGUCAUCCCUCUCUUUCCAUUGGAACAUUUUUUUUUUUCAAGAUUUUUAUUUAUUUUUUGACAGAGACAGCGAGAGAGGGAACACAAGCAGAGAGAGUCGGAGAGGGAGAAGCAGGCUUCCCUGCCGAGCAAGGAACCUGAUGUGGGGCUCGAUCCCAGGACUCUGGGAUCAUGACCUGAGCCGAAGGCAGACACUUAAUGACUGAGCCACCCAGGUGCCCCUCCACUAAGCAAUUUCUUUAGUUUGCUAGUUUCUAGCAAACACAUCGCCUGGUUUUCCUUCCUACUUCUCUGGUUCUUAGUCCUCUUAGCUAUUUCUUAUGUCUUUGACCCAUUAGAAUGUCCCAAGCAAGGCUUGGGGCUCCCUUGAUGGUCUUACCUCCUUGCCUUAUAUAGAUGACUCAAAGUUAUAUCUCUAGCCAGAAUCUUUCUCCUGAACUCACAUCCGGCUACUUGACAUUCUUACUUGGUUGCCUGAUGAGUCACUCAAACUUCCCAAAUGUGAGCUUAAGAACUCGUGCUCCAGCCCGUUGAGACUGUUAGAACCCAUGAAUUUAAUUUUCAGCUUCCAAAACUUGUGGUGCCAUCUCUUCUCUUCUGGGAGUUUAAUACCUCUCUCAUCCUUUUAUGUUCUUUUAGUUCUAGAUUUUAGUAAGGGGCAGAAGGGAACAAAUAUUCUAAUUCUGUGAUACUGAAGCGAAUACUCCCUGCUUCUGUUUUUAUAUAAAAGAGUAUUCUCAACACAGUACUUGAAUUCCUUCAGUUGGACAAAUUUGUCAUGAAAAAGACUUUAUUAGCUUUUUUUGUUCAUUGAGUCUUCCAUAUCACUAGACAGUUCCUAAUGUGUUGAGAGGUGUAGUGAAAGUGGUACACGAACAUUUCUUAAAAAUUGAUGUAUUUAUGGGGUGCCUGGGUGGCUCAGCUGGUUGUGACUCCCUUCAGCUCAGGUCAUGAUCCUGGAGUCCCAGGAUCGAGUGCCGCAUCGGGCUCCCUGCUCGGCAGGGAGUCUGCUUCUCCCUCUGACCCUCCCCCCUCUCAUGUGCUGUCUCUCUCUCUCUCAUUCUCUUGGAGAGAAAGAGACCAGUGGGGAGGGGCAGAGGGGAAGGGAGAGAGAAUCCCAAGCAGACUCCUUGCUGAUCACAGCCCCGGAGGUGGGGCUCAGUCUCAUAAUCCUGAGAUUGUGACCCAAGCAGAAGCCAAGAGUCAGAUGCUUAAUGGACUGUGCCAGCCAGGCUCCCUGGAACUUGAACAUUUCUAAGCAAAUGUGUUUGAUGGCAUCUUUCACUAAUGUCUUAGCAGUUAUAUAUGAUUUUUUAGUCUUAGUGGUUUGAAGUAAUACUUUACGAGAAGACUGUUUCAAUUUGAGCUUCUUUUUAAAUUAAUGGUAGUUAAGUUUUUAUGAUCCUAUUUGCUGUAUUAGCUAGUACAUCUCCACAAAUUACAUACUAUAUUUUUUACUUCACCAUCAAUUAUGGUUACCAAAUUAAGCCAAGGAAUCAUAGUUAAGGAUACAAAUUUAUUAAAUCUCUUUUGCUCUUUAGUUUUUUGGAAUCACUUAUUGUCAUGACUUGAUUUACUACCAUUACCAUUACAUUCAGAGAAGAUGUAACUUAACCAAAAUCUAGUGAAGUUUGGAGCACCUGGGUGGCUCAGUCGGUUAAGCGUCCAACUCUUGGUUUCAGGUCAGGUCAUGACGCUGGGGUCCUGGGAUCGAGCCCCAUGUUGGCUCCCUGCUCAGCAAGGAGUCUGCUUUUCCCUCUCCCUCUGCACCCCCACUCAUGUUCUUUCUCUCUAAAAUAAAUGAAUAAAAUCUUUAAAAUAUUUUUUUUUAAAAACUCGAAUUCCUGAGCUAUGUCUGCGAGUCUGUUAUGAGAAACACAGUCCUAAAGCGUAAAUUGUCCAUAAUUUUUCCUAAUCUCCCUUUCACAAAUCUGUGCCCUACCCAGAUCAAUCAACAGAUUGACCCCCCAAGUCACACUUCUGAGUCUUCUGUUUGUUUAUUCCUGAGUCUUGUUACUUCAUAUCCAUCACUGGCUUGGUUAAAUAUCACCAUUUGAAGAGAGGUCUCUUAGGGGUCUGUGGGGGGGUGGGGGAUUACGUGAGCUGCUCCACUUCACUAGAGUAUUUAAGAACAUUUAUAAAGUAUGCCUGCCUCUCUUCAUGCUCAGUACUCUGCCACCACCUACCCAACUAAGGUGGUCAGAUUCAGGUUUCAUUCCUUUUUUAGCUUUAAUAAGUUCUUUAAUGAAAUGUAAAAGUAGCAUAGUCACUAAGGGACAGAGAUCAGGUAGACUGCAUAUAUCUUAUUUUAACAAAAGGAAGACCAUAAAAUUGUCAAUGCGUUGAAGGAAAAAAAUUCCAACCUAAAAUUUAAAGUUGUUUUUUUAAGAUUUUUAUUUAUUUUUUUGACCAAGAGAUAGCACAAGUAGGCAGAGAGGCAGGCAGAGGGAGAGGGAGAAGCAGGCUCCCCGCUGAGCUGGGAGCCCGAUGCAGGGCUCGAUCCUAGGACUCUGGGAUCACGACCUGAGCCGAAGGCAGCCACUUAACCCACUGAGCCACCCAGGCGCCCCCAACCUAAAAUUUAUAUCCAUCAUUGGCCAUCCCUGGAGAUUCACACAUAACAUUCAGCUGAUUCAGUAGGCGGUUAAAACUCCUAUAGAUGAAGAAUAGAGGAGGGCACCUGGGUGGCUCAGUUAAGCAUGGUUCUCUUGCUCUCAGUUCCGGUCAUCUCAGGGUCCUGAGUUCAAGCCCCACGCUGGGCAUGGAGCCUCCUUAAAAAAGAAUAGAGGAGUGAUGUAAUUUUAAAUGUCGCACAGAUGUUAUUAGCAGGUGACCUUAUAACAAUUAAAAUUAACCAUUUUGGACUACAAACGAUUCUCACCCUUUAAAAAAGUUACUGUAAUAUAAAUCAUUUCCUGUAGUCCCAUUUCAGGAUAAUUACAAAGUGUGAACUAAAUUAUAGAACAAUUGCUUGGAAAUUUUGUAACUCCUAAAUCUUUGGAUCAAAGAAGGCACCCAAGACAGUAUUGCACAAUAAUUUUAAAAUACAAACAAUGGAUGUACUCACUGGGUAGAAUAGAGCUAAAAUUCACUGCAGAAAUAAUGUGCCAUCUAAUACUUAAGAGCAUUUAUGACAAGCGUGUGAAAAUGAACAAUAAUAUAACUUCAAAAGUUAGAAAUCGAAAAGGAAAACAGUUAAAUUUUGGCAUAAAAUAUCUUAGGGCUCUGAAAAUCUGAAUUUUUUUUUUUUUUUAAAGAUUUUAUUUAUUUGCGAGAGAAAGAAUGAGAGACAGAGAGCAUGAGAGGGAGGAGGGUCAGAGGGAGAAGCAGACUCCCUGCUGAGCAGGGAGCCCGAUGCGGGACUCGAUCCAGGGACUCCAGGAUCAUGACCUGAGCUGAAGGUAGUCGCUUAACCAACUGAGCCACCCAGGCGCCCUGAAAAUCUGAAUUUUUGAUAGAAAAAUGUAAGAACUCCUAGGGUUAUUUUUCUUCUCUGGAUGCCCAGUGAAUUCUUUGAGCUCUGCAGAAAGUUCCCCUGCGUAGUUUAAAAUCCUGGUGGAAAAGGACACAUUCCUGGGAGGUUCAGGGGUCAUGUGGACCAAACAAACUCAUUUUCUGAGAAGGACGCUCUAGUUUUGGCCAGAGGAGGGACUUGGUGUUCUCUGAACCUGUGAACUUGCCCUGCUGGGGCGCUUGGAUGGGUCAGAUCUGAUAACACUAGCCUGGGAGGCUGGUGCUCCUGUCACUUCAACCCUUGGUCCGCAGAGGUCACAUCAAUGUUCUGUUUGCCUGUCUUUUCCAAAGUGGGUGUAACUUACAUUCUCCCCAGCAGAGUAUGAGAGUUCUAAUUUCUUUUAGGAUUUUUAAAUUUUUAAUUAUUUGACAGCACAAGCAGGGGGAGCAGGAGAGAGAGAAGCAGGCUCCCAGCUUGAACAAGGAGCCCAAUGCCAUGUGGGGCUUGAUCUCAUGGUGCUGAGACCAUGACCUGAGCAGAAACCAAGAGUUGGACACUCAACCAAGGAACCACCCAGGAGCCCCUCUAAAGCACAUUUUAAAAAAAGAUUUUAUUUAUGAGAGAGAACACAAGCCAGGGGAAGGAUAAAAGGGAGAAACAGACUCUCCUCUGAGCAGGGAACCCCACGUGGGAAUGGAUCAAAGGACCCCAGGAUCGUGACCUGAGCUGAAGGCAGACACUUAACCAACUGAGCCACCCAGAUACCCCUAAACCACAUUUUUUAUUAAGAACCAGGACUCUGGAGAAAUGGCAGAUUGGAGAGUAGAGCAGGAGAAGUAGGAGAUGAGACUGGAAUAUAUUACUACAGUUAGAAAAUUAAGAAAUUGCUCAAAGGUUGAUGGAAUUAUGUAAAAAGAGCAAAGAAUCCCAUCAUUAGACAAUUUGAAAAACAAUAAUAUAAUGGAUUGUAACCUGUGAAAGUAAUUGAAUGCCUGAUUCCAUAAUAAAUAAAUACCAUUGAAAACUUGAAUAGUUAUUUAGUUUCAAAGAGUCUACCCUCAAAAUAUUUAAUUACAAAUGCUGUUAAGGGGCACCUGGGUGGCUCAGUCAAUUAAGCAUCUGCCUUCAGCUCAGGUCAUGAUCUUGAGGUCCUGGGAUCGAGCCCUACAUGGGGCUUCCUGCUCAGCAGGGAGUCUGCUUCUCCCUCUCCCUCUGUCCCUUCUCCCCUGCUUGGGCACUCUCAAAUACAUAAAAUCUUUUUUAAAAAUAAAAAUAAAUAUAUAUAGGGGCGCCUGGGUGGCUCAGUUGGUUGGGCGGCUGCCUUCGGCUCAGGUCAUGAUCCUGGAGUCCCUGGAUCGAGUCCCACAUCGGGCUCCCUGCUCGGCGGGGAGUCUGCUUCUCCCUCUGACCCUCCCCCCUCUCAUGUGCUCUCUCAUUCUCUCUCAAAUAAAUAAAAUCUUUAAAAAAAUAUAUAUAUAUAUAUAUAUAAUUUUAUGGUGGAAGAGACUGCCAGGCACUCUUAAGUAAUCAAAGUGAACACCCAUAAUGGGCAGAUUGAAGUUGUCAUCUACUAGGAUUCAAUGAGAAGAAAAAGCAUUCUGUGAUAUUCCUGUCAAAGAUGCAUAACCUCGGGGCGCCUGGCUGGCUCAGUUGGUGGAGCGUGGGACUCGAUCUCAGGGUUGUAGCCUCAAGUUGGGGGUAGAGAUUACUUGAAAUCUUUGAGGGGUGGGGGAAGAUAUACAUAACCUGAAUCUAAUCAUGAGGAAAUACCAGACCCAAAUUGAGAUUUUACAAAUACCCAGCAUAUAUCUUCAAGGGUCAUGGAAGUCAAGGGAAGGCUGAGGAACUAUUCCAGACUGAAAUAGAUUAAGGAGACAUGACAACUUCUUGCAACAUGUGAUAAUAGGUUCUGAACUGAAUAUAAAGGAUGUCAUGGGGACUUUUGGUGAAACAUUAAUAGAAUGAGGAUUGUGUGGUCCUAAUGCAUUAAUUUUAGUUUCCUGCUUUUGAAAAUUAUAUUAUGGUUAUAGGGGAGAAUUGCAUUGUUUUUAGGAAAUACCAAAAUAUUUUGGUUUUGGAACUUAAGGUCAGCGAUUUACUCUCAAAUGUUCAAAAUAAGGAAAUUCUUUGUACAGACUUUGGACUUUUAUGUACACUUAGGAUUAUUAAAAGUAAAAUACAUGAAUAUAUAUCUAUGAAGCCAGCAAUGGGCUCAUAUCUAAACUACAAACCCUUCACAAAGAAGAAUUGAUAUUGUCAAUGGACAUCUGAAAAAGCGCUCAGCAUCAUGAAGUGUAAUGGAAACGUGAAUUAAAACUACAGUGAGCUGGGCGCCUGUGUGGCUCAGUCGUUGAGUGUCUGCCUUCGGCCCAGGUCAUGGUCCCGGGGUCCUGGGAUUGAGUCCCACAUCGGGCUCCCAGCUCAGAGGGAUGCCUGCUUCUCCCUCUCCCACUCCCCCGGUUUAUGUCCCCUCUCUCACUGUGUCUCUCUCUGUCGAAUAAAUGAAUAAAAUCUUUAAAAGAAAAAAACAAAACUACAGUGAGCUAUUACAUAUCUGUCAGAAUGGUUAAAAUGAAAAACUGAAUAUACUUAGUGUUGGCAAGAAUGUAGAGUAACUGGCAAUUCAUAGUAAAACUUUUCAAACAUUUGGAUAAUUAUUUGGCAGUAUUUACUAUAAGAAAACACCUGCAUCUCCAGCAAUUAUAUAUACUGAACAGAAAACCAAUACAUUGGGAUACAAAAAAGCCAUCUAUAGGAAAUUAAUAAUACUAUUCAUAGUAGUCUCAAACUAGAAUCAACCCACAUGUCCAUCACAAUAUGAUGGAAAAAAAUAGUGGAAUAGUUAUAAAAUAAGACACUAUAAGAAAACGUGCUAUUUGCAACAAUAUGAAGUGAAAAUACUAAAUGUAUAAUUUAGUUUAUAUAAAGUUCACAAACAGGCAACACUAACAUUUGAUGUGAUACUGGAUACAUUUAGUGAGGAGGAAGAUUCUCAGUAGGAGGCAUAAUGGGGUUUCUGCAGUCCUGGCAAAAUUUUUCUUGGCCUGUGUGUUGGUUUCACAGUAUAUGUUUAGAUGAUAACUCACUGAGCAGAACUUUUAGGACUUUAGGUAUAUUAUGCUUCAAUGAAAGGUUUCUUUAACCGAGGUCUGUAGUACUCUCACUGUGGAAGGCCACAUGCUGAUACCCUGCUGACCACCCAUUUGGGCAGCGAUGGGAAAUCCCUUCACUGUGCAAGGUUACCGAACUGGGAAUGGGAAAGCUGGAUUCUAAGACAAGGUCUUGUACUUGAUGAGUUGAUGGCACUUCACCUCACCAAGUCACCAAUUCCUCACUCCAAAAAUUAAUUUAGGGAUUCCACUAGGGAUUUCUGAUGACUUCUAUCUUGAAUCAUUUGUCACUCUUCCAUUUUCUAAGGAGAAAGGGCCAGGCAGGAGCCUCAGAAAGAGGGAGGAACAGAGCAGGGACACCUGUCUCCCAAGUAAUAAAAAUGAUUGCUAUAAAGAGAGCCAUGGAGGGGUGCCUGGCUGGCUCAGUCAGUAGAGCGUGCAACUCUUGAUCUCAGGGUCAUCGGUUCUAGCCCCAUGUUGGGCUCACAUGGAACCUACUUAAAAACAAACAAAACAAUCACGGAGUUCAUUAGGUAGUGUGGCUCUUUUAGAACUAGAGCUAUGAGCCAGGCAGCAAAUUAAUGCUUCUCUUUGUCCUUGGUAAAUUACGAAGUUUCACCAAGACCUGGACUCAAGUUCUAAAGGUUACAGAUCUUUUCUGACCCCAUGCUUAUAACUACCCUGUGCUGCCAUUUUGAAAGUCACUGAUGAAGGUAAGUCAUAGAAUGCUGAAUCAUACUCAGUAAGCAUUCAAUAAAUGUGAAGAAACUUACUUGAACUGAAUGUUUUUCUUGUAGGGAAGCAUGCACCACUCAGGGCGUGUGGCUUCUGAGCUCUACCACCUGCAGUCUGUGUGUCCUUGGAAAAAGGUGCUACAGCCCCGAGACCCAGCUGCCUCAUCCUUAAAAUGGGAAUAAUUUUAUCUUAGCUCUCAAAAGCCUAUGGCCCUGUAUUCACUCUGUAUCUUGGCACGAAGCCCACUGUUGUGCUGCAUGGGUAUGAAGCAGUGAAGGAAGCCCUGAUUGAUAUGGGAGAAGAGUUUUCUGCAAGAGGAAGUUUCCCAAUAGCUGAAAAACUUAAUAAAGGACACGGACUCCUUUUCACCAGUGGAAAGAGAUGGAAGGAGUUACGGCGCUUCUCCCUCAUGACCCUGCGGAAUUUGGGGAUGGGGAAGAGUGACCUUGAGAGCCGAGUUCAAGAGGAAGCCUGCCACCUUGUAGAAGAAUUGAGAAAAACCAAUGCCUUACCCUGUGAUCCCACUUUUGUCCUGGGCUGUGCUUCCUGCAAUGUGAUCUGCUCCGUUAUUUUCCAGCAUCGUUUUGAUUAUACAGAUCAGACUUUAAUUGGUUUCCUCAAGAGAUUUAAUGAAAACUUCAGGAUUUUGAGCUCCCCAUGGAUCCAUGUCUACAAUAGCUUCCCCGCUCUCCUUGAUUAUCUCCCAGGAAGUCAUAAUACAAUGUAUAAAAAUUCUGUUUUUGUAAAAAAUUACAUUUUGGAGAAAAUAAAAGAACACCAAGAAUCCUUGGACAUUAACAAUCCUCGGGACUUCAUUGAUUAUUUCCUGAUGAAAAUGGAACAGGAAAAGUACAAUGAGCAGUUGGAGUUUACUUCUGAAAACUUGAUAAACACUGCAGCUGAUUUGUUUGCAGCUGGGACAGGGACAACAAGCACCACCCUACGAUAUGGUCUUCUGAUACUGCUGAAGCACCCAAAAGUCACAGCUAAAGUCCAGGAAGAGAUUGACCAUGUAAUUGGCAGACACCAGACCCCUUGCAUGCAAGACAGGAGCCGCAUGCCCUACACGAAUGCAGUAUUGCAUGAGAUCCAGAGAUACAUUGACCUUGUCCCAAACAACCUGCUUCAUGCAGUGACCUGUGACAUUAAAUUCAGAAACUAUGUCAUCCCCAAGGGCACAACCAUAUUAACAUCACUGACUUCUGUGCUCCAUGAUGACCAAGAAUUCCCCAACCCAGAGAUAUUUGACCCUGCCCACUUCCUGGAUGAUAGCGGCAACUUUAAGAAGAGUGACCAUUUCGUGGCUUUCUCAGCAGGAAAACGAGUAUGCGUGGGAGAAGGACUGGCCCGAAUGGAGCUGUUUUUAUUCCUGACCACCAUUUUACAGAAAUUUACCCUGAAAUCUCUGGUUGACCCAAAGGACAUUGAUACCACCCCUAUUGCCAGUGGGUUUGGCCAUGUCCCACCCCCCUACCAGGUGUGCUUCAUUCCCAUGUGAGGAAGGGCAGACCAUCUGCCUGCCCCUGUGCUGGUGUCUGUGACUCCUCCUCCUAUGGGGCAUCAUUCACCUCCUUCUCACUGCUGGGGAUACACUCUCUGACCUCAUCUCCUACUUCCCCAGUCCCUUCAUACCCAGUGAACAUCCAACCUCCAUUAAAGGAAAGUUUCCAGGGGCGCCUGGGUGGCUCAGCCAGUUUAAUGUCUGCCUUCAGUUCAGGUCAUGAUCCUGGAGUCCUGUGACCGAGCCCCACUUUGGGCUCCCUGCUCAGCGGGGAGUCUGCUUCUCCCUCUCCUCCUCUCCGGCUUGUGCUCACUCUCUCGUUCGCUCACUCUCUCAAAUAAAUAAAAUCUUUAAAAAAAAAAAAAAAGAGCAAAGUUUCCAGAAUUUCAUUGUACACAUGCUGUGCUGUUGUUUAUACUCUAUAACACUUGUAUUUGCCACCACAUAUACUUAUCUAAUAUUGAGCUAUUACCAUGUUAUCACCAUGGAACAAAACCAAAUGAUUAGUAUACGCUAACACACAGUCAUUUGUCCUCUGCAUGUUGUAAAUGGAAAGCCU